GAAGUUUAAGCAUCUUUAGUGUUUGUUUUUUGUUUCCUUUGCAAAUAUCUGUCUUGAUGAUUAAGGUUAUGAUUUCUUAGCAGUUUCCAGAAGACCCGGAAAACUGAUUAUUUCUUAGUAUUUCUUUGAAAUAAUAAAUAAAUGUAAUAAUAUGUAAAUAAAGCAACAGGGGGUUAGUGGAAAACACAGCACAUGGGCAUGCAUUGACUGGUUGCAAAUGCUAUGUUUUGUAUAUUGUAAUGUAAUCUUGUGAUAACUUUGCUCAUUGGCAAUUCUUGAUUCUAGGAUUAAUGGGUGAAUCCAUUGCAGAAACUCCAGUUGUUGAGACCAAGAUGGGUGAGUUAAAUGGCUCAAGUCCUACACUUGAAGUAUCAGUUUCAUUUGGAAAGUAUGAGAAUGAUGCACUUUCUUGGGAGAAAUGGUCAUCUUUCUCACCAAACAAGUAUCUUGAAGAAGUUGACAAGUGUAAAACACUUGGAUCAGUAGCUCAGAAGAAGGCCUAUUUUGAAGCACACUACCAGAAGAUUGCUGCUCAGAAGAUGGAGCAAAUAGAGCAAGAAAAGCAACAAUUAGAGCAAGAAAAGCUAAUUGAAUCUCUGCCUACAAUAUUGGAUGAAUCCCAAUUUCAAGAUUAUAGAGAAAGCACAGAGGUGUCUGAUAGUCAUUUUGAUUUUGAAAGAUCUGCUACAGAAGGUGAAGAGGAAACGACAAGAACUGAUGUGAAUAAUAGUGAUUCUGUUGAUGAGCCAAAAGAGGAUGCUUCUGUUGAUAUGGAGGUGAAUAGCUUGAAAACAAGUGACGAUGGAGAUGUUCCCAAGGUUGAAGAACAGAGUUCUGAAAGAGGAUCUCAAGAUAAUCCGAAAGUGAUUCGACGAUUUGAUAAUGAGCCAAAAAGCAAAACCCCAAAACCAAAACCAAAUCUGAAGAAUACGGCUCGAAAGGUACAUCCAACAAUAGAGGAUAGGAUAGCAGCUGGAACAAAGAAGAAAAUUGUAUCACCUGUGACAAAAUCUUCAAGAAUUUCCACUCCAACAUCAAAACCGAUUUCGACUACCAUGGUUACUUCUUCAUCUCAACCAUCAGUGAAGAAGGUGAAUGGGGUGUCGUAUCAACGAAGCAGCAAUACUCCUGCGGCACAAACCAAUAAAGUACUUUCUAGAUCAUUCAUAUCGCCUUCUCAAUCCUCGAACAAAAAGUUUAAUGGUUCAACAUUGCAAAGGAGCAAAAAUUCUCCCACUCUUGAGAAAAGGAGGGUAGCUCCCACAUCAUUGCACAUGUCUCUCAGUCUUGGUCCACCAAAUUCUACAGCUUCUAAUACUACAAUGAGAAAAUCUUUGAUCAUGGAGACAAUGGGGGAUAAGGACAUUGUCAAACGAGCAUUUAGGGCAUUUCAAAACAGUUUCAACCAAGAAAAACCUGAUCUGGAUAUGAAAUAUAGUGGAUCAAAGCAGGUAUCGUCUAAGAGAUCAGAGCAAAAGAUUUCAACUUCUUUGACUCCUAGAAAGGAGGUUGAAAGGUUAAGGAAAACACCAGAAAAGGUUAUCUCUCAAAAAGGCCAAUCAGGGACUAGAUCAAACUCUCUGUCAUCUAGGGCGCCUAAAGAUGCUGGUAUAGAGAGGAAAAAUGUGAACACUGUCAGACCUGCUGGUCAACGAACUGAUAGAUCAACCGAUAAAUUGAAGGAGGAUGCCACCAAAGCUAAGAUCCACCGUCUCAGAUCAAAUAGUUGAAGUUGUUGGCGUAUAUCUCUAGUAGGCUGAAAACACGACCUUCAGCAUCAGCAUGACACUUUUGUAGAUGAAAUGCUCCCCGGGAUGAGUUAUGCUUGCAUGAAGAAGAAGAAACGUCUGAAGAAUUGACCAUGCUUAGGCAAGAAUCAUCUUCUGGAACUGCCAGGCCAGCAGUCUAUAUUCUCGUAAUUCUGGUGUAUUUACACUGUGCUGGACUACUGAAUUGACUAUCUUGUUCUUUUACAUAGUUUAAACUCCAACCUCCCUGGUUAAGACAUUGAGUAGAGUAGCAGUAUACAUCAUAGUAGAAUGUGUAUAAAAGUGUAUCUGGGAAGUGAUAUCUAUAAUUGUAAGGAUUUGUUGUAGUAUCGAGUUUAGGAAUGUAGAUGGUUUAGACUUAAUUGUAUAAUGGGGUGAGAAGUAA